AUGAUCUCCUACACCUACAACGAAGAUGACGUGCGCAAGAAGACCCCAGCCCCGCCUGCAUCAGUCGACGCUCUUCGCACACGGACAGCGAUGGCCGCUAGGCCUUUUCAGUCUCACGCGGAGGUCCAGCAGGACCACUAUACCUCCUCAUCGAAGUGCACACCAUCUCCUUCGUCUCAAAGGAAGGUCGUCCUUCGUCCGAUUCAAGCCAUGACGUUCUUCCUCGUCUGGCUUAUGAGUCUCUACGUUUUGUCUCCACAACCAGUUUCUGCCGAAGUGAUUACCGGCAGGGAUUCACCGAAUUAUGGUCCUUUGUCCAAAUCAGCUCACUUGAUCUCGGUCAUGACGUGCCACGUGCUCAAAAUUGGUUGCUCCAUGAAUACGAAUUCGAAUACCACCCAAGCGCCUACCGAGUCCCGCUUUUUGGUUAGGCUCGCGCAAGGGUUAGAGGAGACGCACCGUGCCCGAGCGGAGGAACGCAAACAAGAUCAAAAGGAAAAACACGGCGAGCUUGUGCACAAGACAACUCAACGCGUGGAAGCCAGGCUACACCGAGCGAACAGCAUCUUUCACAGCCUCAAGAUUCUCCAAGACGCUGGCGGGGACCAGCAGUGCGUGUUGGGCUUGCGUCUGUUCGAGGCGGUUCCUAUUCAAAAAAUGGCGACAGAUCUUAAGUACUCGGGGCUGGAGAAUGCUCAGAUAUUGGCUCAAGAGGCGGAGGAACUUGGUGAGGUGGUGCGAUCUGCUGCUGGUGCGAAGCCGCCGUAUCUGACUCCUUUUCAAUCACCCCCUGGUGCUCCCGCAUAGCUAAGGACUCACACAUCCUCAAGGAUAUCACUCUCCACAUCCAUUCUCUCGGCCGCAAAGCUUUCCGUUCUAUUCCCCUGUAUUUCGAAGAGAUCGAGACCUUGCUCCAACAAGUCCUCAAUGCGACGACCUCCAAGGAACUGAGCAAACUGAUGGCUUCGAUCGACGCCAAGUUCGAACAACUCGAUUCGAUCCUCCAAGCGCUCUUGAACAAAGUCGCGCAAGGACAAGCACUUUCGGCUCGAUCAUCGGGUCGAGCGCAUAUGCUUUUAUGACCGAUUGAGGCGGGAAGAACAACGGAUCGAAGCUUCACGUGCUUCGUCACCUUUGCUACGCUCAGUCCUAGAAACGACGGCUUUGGUCUUCGGUGACGACUUGACGUUCCACGCUCGGCCAUUGAAGAAGAACUUGGCACUUACGCAUCGCUCCGCUCAUAGUGUGAUCACGCUGAGUCACAGCUUGGAGGACUUUCGUGCGGCGUUAGUGACGUACAAGACGAGUGUCGGGAGCUACAAGGCCAACGUCAUCGGAUACCAUUUGGCCAGCUUGGGCUUGAUAGCCAAAGAGGAGGCGCGACACCUCGGGAAGAAUAUGCAGAAACUCAAAGCCUCGGUCCAAGAGUUCAUCCAGGCUUCAAGGGUGACUCAAAUCCAACGUCUCCUUCCAUGGUAG